CGCAGUGGACCAUCAAACGAACUUCAUCUGAAACUCGAAGAAAGUUAUGAACAAUUCAAAUGCAUUGAAAAUGAAAGGAAACGAACAGAAGCUGAACUGGCCAGGCAGAAUCCAGGACGAAAUGUUUCCAGUGACAACAACAAGGUCAUUCCGGUGCAAUUGUCUCAGAACCCGUCAAGGGUGGACCGAUUGGUGGUCGAAACAUUGAAGGAACACGCCAGGGUUGAAACUUUGAUGCUGAAGAUGGAACAAUUACGUGAAAUGAACAUUCCUGAUGGCAUCUACCGGAGUAUGAAUGGCUGGCUGGAAGCGGUGUACAACGUUCAGUCCUGCAGGAAGGAUGAGAUCAUCAACGCCAUCAACAGACAUCAGCUUAAUAAUCCACAGCAGCAGAAAGAAAAGGACGUUCUUGCACUCGCUUCUGCGCUGGACAAGUUGGCGCACAAGAUUCGAAGUGCUCGGACAGGGUUGUGGUGUUCCCUGCAACUUGCCAGCAACGACCUCCCACCGGUUUGCUUCCAUGCUGCUCAGCACAUGGCCAGCACCCAUGUCGCCCCACUGAGAACCAGCAAGUGCAAGCCGGGUCACCAUGAGGAAACGAACUUCUCCAGAGGAGGGAGGGCUGCUGCUACUGAGGCUGAUGAGGAUGCUGGUGAGGCCGAUGAGUCUGAUGAUUCCGAUUAUUUUGAGGAUUGA